AGUGUUGUGCUCAUUCGCACUGACUCGACAACUCACACUCCCCCCCCCCCUGAAAUACCAAAAACCUUUCUUUAUUCCCUGAUUCGUUCAUGCAAAUCUAAUCACAGAAAUAUCCCUUAUAAACCACUUGUUCAGAUCCCUAAUUUCAAUGGCUGAUGAACCGUCAAUCACUCGUUGGUCUUUUCAGGAUUUUAAGAUGUUUUAUGAUAUUAAGUUUGGGAGGAAAAAGGAGUUGAUUUCGAAAGAUUCUUCUGCUGCUGCUAAUGGUGUGGAUAGUCAAGAGGCUAAUGGUCAUGUUUCAAGUAAUGGGACCUCAUCAAAUCAAAAUGGGAUUCGAAACAAUACCGCGUCUGAAUUGUCCAUAUACGAACAGUAUAGACAGGCAAAAGAGAAUUCAACAGCUAAUGGAGGUACAUUGUCGGAUGCUGAGAAACCAAAAAAAUCUCUGCUUCCUGCAUUUGAAUCAGUAGAAAUGCGCACAUUGGCAGAGAGUUUAAGUAGGGAUAUUAUUCGUGGUAGUCCAGAUGUGAAGUGGGAGAGCAUAAAGGGGUUAGAAAAUGCGAAACGCCUGCUUAAAGAAGCAGUUGUUAUGCCAAUAAAAUACCCCAAGUACUUCACUGGUCUUCUAUCCCCUUGGAAAGGCAUUCUCUUGUUUGGCCCUCCAGGAACUGGAAAGACCAUGCUUGCAAAGGCUGUUGCUACCGAGUGUAAUACUACAUUUUUCAACAUUUCAGCAUCAUCCAUCGUCAGUAAAUGGCGUGGUGACUCAGAGAAGUUAGUGAAGGUGUUAUUUGAGCUUGCAAGACAUCAUGCGCCAUCAACUAUAUUUCUUGAUGAAAUUGAUGCAAUCAUCAGUCAACGAGGUGAAUCACGAAGUGAACAUGAAUCAAGUAGGCGUCUUAAAACAGAGUUACUAAUCCAGAUGGAUGGUUUGACAAAAACAGAUGAGCUAGUCUUUGUAUUGGCAGCUACAAACCUCCCUUGGGAACUUGAUGCUGCCAUGCUCAGACGUCUUGAGAAGAGAAUCCUUGUACCCCUUCCAGAACCUGAAGCAAGGAAAGCCAUGUUUGAGGAAUUAUUACCUUCAGUGCCUGAAGAGGAGACAUUGCCGUAUGAUUUGCUGGUCGAAAAAACUGAAGGUUAUUCCGGCUCUGAUAUACGGUUGUUAUGCAAAGAGGCUGCCAUGCAACCUCUGAGACGUGUAAUGGCUAUCCUGGAACAACGAGACAUUUUGCCUGACGAUGAGCUACCAAAGGUGGGGCCGAUCAAACAUGAAGACAUUCAGAUGGCAAUAAAGAACACAAGACCAUCAGCACAUCUACAUGCUCCUCGUUAUGAUAAGUUCAACUCCGAUUACGGUAGUCAGAUACUCCAAUGAUGGAACACUCGAGUAUCAUUCUUUUUUGUCAAAUUCUUUCAAAGUGUUGCUAGUUACAGACUUGCCUCCCUUUUCCAUCUCAUAUUUAACUGUGUAUUCCCCAAUUGCCCUAUGCUGCAUUACAUUAGACACCAGUGACAAGAUGAAGAUCUGCAGUUCUGUAUUGUUAUGAAAAAGAUGUAUUGUUGUCUCGUAUGUAAACACUAUACGUCCCCGGUGGGUUGAGACAUGCAUAUUUUUUUUGAAAAUAAUGAAUCCGUGUUCAAUUUA